UCCCUCCCUAUAUAUACAUGUGUGUGUGUACUUGUCUACACGUCAAACACUCUUCAAUAAGGCAGGCAGGAAGGUGUGCAAGGCCUAUAGCGUGAUUUCUGUAAAGAAGAUUUGGCCACUUCCAAAUGGAGAUCAAUAGCAGCAACGACGACAGCAGAGGCAGAAAUGGAGAUGGAGAUCAUGGAUAUGUGGGGUUUCCAAUUCACAGUCAGGUUAUAAAGAUCAGGCAAGAAUUUGACAAGAUCAAGCAUCCAUCUCUACAGCAGCUAGAGGUGAGAGGGGUUGUAAAAUGCAGGAUCAACAGGCAGCGAUCGCGUUCACCACUAGGUCUAGCUGAGAGACCCAUCUCAGUAGGCAACUAACUUUUAGCAGAGAAUUCUCCAGAAUAACAACAAAAAUAUGGAAGAUCAGGAGCUAAGCAUGCAGGAAGCUAGUAUUAAUCAGGUCUAGCGAUCUAAAUAACAAAACCACUUCUUCGUGUAUGGGUUGAAUUUUGUCACGCACACAGCAGUUGUACAUAUCUUUUAUGAUGUAGGACAAGGCUAUAAGGACCUCCAGGAAAGCUUUGAUUUCCUGAUCCGUGCUUCUUUUCUUUGA